UCUCGUGCGCUCCUGCUCGACUCGGGCUGCGAGUCCCCGGCCCGCCGCACGAAAGACUCCCGCCUGGCAAGCGCGCGUGCUCGCACCCACGUUGCCCUUCACCGCACGCGCUCACACUCACCCCCGCUCACACUCAUCACCCUCGCACACACGCGCGCUCACACUCACGGGAGCGCUCCCCCUGGAACGCGCGCUCACACUUUCUCACUCACACCCCACUCGCGCCCCGGAGCGCUCGCUCUGCAGGGGCGCGCAGGCACCGCCGGCGAGAGCGCCGAGGGGACCCACGGCCUCCCCAUGGCUGACCUGAGCUUCAUCGAAGAUUCCGUGGCCUUCCCGGAGAAGGAGGAGGAUGAGGAGGAAGAGGAGGAAGGCGUGGAGUGGGGCUACGAGGAAGGUGUUGAGUGGGGCUUGGUGUUUCCGGAUGCUAAUGGGGAGUACCAGUCUCCCAUUAACUUGAACUCAAGAGAGGCUCGAUAUGACCCCUCACUGCUGGAUAUCCGCCUCUCCCCGAAUUAUGUGGUCUGCCGGGACUGUGAGGUCGCCAAUGACGGGCAUACCAUUCAGGUUAUCCUGAAGUCGAAAUCAGUUCUAUCAGGAGGUCCAUUGCCUCAAGGACAUGAAUUUGAGCUGUAUGAAGUUAGAUUUCAUUGGGGAAGAGAAAACCAGCGUGGUUCUGAGCACACAGUUAAUUUCAAAGCUUUUCCCAUGGAGCUCCACCUGAUCCACUGGAACUCCACCUUGUUUGGCAGCAUUGAUGAGGCUGUGGGGAAGCCCCAUGGGAUCGCUAUCAUCGCUUUGUUUGUUCAGAUCGGAAAAGAGCACGUGGGCCUGAAGGCUGUGACUGAAAUCCUCCAGGAUAUUCAGUACAAGGGGAAGUCCAAAACAAUACCCUGCUUUAAUCCCAACACUUUAUUACCAGACCCCUUGCUGCGUGAUUACUGGGUCUACGAAGGCUCUCUCACCAUCCCGCCCUGCAGCGAAGGUGUGACCUGGAUAUUAUUCCGAUACCCUCUGACGAUAUCCCAGCUACAGAUUGAAGAAUUUCGAAGGCUGAGGACACAUGUGAAGGGGGCAGAGCUCGUGGAGGGCUGUGAUGGGAUUUUGGGAGACAAUUUUAGACCCACUCAGCCGCUCAGCGACAGAGUCAUUAGAGCUGCGUUUCAGUAGCCAAAGAAAACAGGAGCUGAUGUGUCUUCAUCUGGGAGGAAGACAAUGGUCCUAUGGUGCCCUUGGAUAAGAAAUGGAAACUUUGAGCUGCAGCUUCGGUUUAUCCUCAAAGCCUGCAUUGUUUUCUUCAUCUAAUCCAACUGUGAUGGACAUCUGCGACAGUUGCCUGUACACAUGCUCUGAUGAAAUAUUAGAAAUGACUGUACAUUCAAAUGGAACCCCGUAUUCUGUAUCCACAUCACUGCUGCUAGUAUUCACAUUUUUGCACUUACUGUUUAUUGCUUAUGUGUAGAGGAAAUGAAACUAGUUUUCAGAGUUAUUGUUAAUAUGAAUGCAUAUAUAUCAUGUAUUAACACUGAGACAGGAAAAAUACAUUUCCAGCAUUUGCAGUCCUUCAUUUCCUGUCUCCAACAGAAAAUUCACUCAUUCAGAGAAUAAUGUAAUUCUUGAUAAUAAAAUGAGAGUUCUGAUCAAGAGCAGCAUACAGCUUCAAAACGGAAUGUGAAGGAUUAGUAAAAAUCUUAUCCUGUGUUACUUUUCAACCCUCAUACCAUGAUUAACAUCAGGGUGAUUUGUUAUACAACAUAAUUUGGGAGUUAAUGCAAGAACAUAAUACUUACUUUAUAUAUUACUUUCUUAGUUAGAGGAUUUAAUUGAAUAUAUGAAUCUAAUCAUACUUAUUUGACAUAUGAUAAGCUGUGGUUUCUAGGAAUUUGAGAAAGGUGUAAGAAAUAAAUAGGAUAAAAAGCAGAUACUUUAUUUUUAUUUUAUAGCUUUAUUUUCCAUAAUAGAAACAUAAAUUUAAUAGUAUGGCAUAAUAAUUAAGUGGUAUACAUUUUGUAAGUCUUUAAAAUAUUUUAUUCUAUAGGUUUCACGUCGGUAUAUUGAGAUAUUUCUUUUGAAGAUGAUCAAUAUCCUUAUUUUAAUUAAUAUUAAGUGCUACUGGCAAAUUUAAGCAUAUGCUUAGAUGCAAUUAGAUGUGGCAGAAAGAGAUAAUUUAUGUAAAGCAGUAGAGUGCCUGGCACAAAGCUAGUACUUAGUAUAUGUUAUUAGUCGUUGUUAUAAUUAUUCUUGUAAAACUUCAGUAACAUAGACCCAAUUUUGAGGGAUUUCGUGAUACAAAAUAUCAAAGUUAGAAAUAAUACAGAUGGAAUUAGGAAGUAUGUGUUGAGAGAUUUUAGAUGUGUUGGGUGGAGUUUGUAAUAAUGAAAAGCAUUAAAUGCAAAUAAAAAAAAAUCACACCAAAUGUCCCUGAAAAUGGAAGCCAAGAUGGUUCAUGGUGGAGACUUGGGCAGUUGGAGUCAUAUCUCUGGAGCUGUGGGUGGGGACAGUGGUUUGCUUCUUGUGGAUUGACUCUCCUGCUUUGCAAGCAGGGUUCUGGGUCGGGAUGAAGCCUCUGGUUUUUGUGGCUUGCCUUGCCCAGCAUGAAACUUUCACCCUAUGAAUAAGCUGAGGUUAAGGUGAACAAGGUGCUAAGUAUUCUCGGUCUGCCUCUGGGUGGAAAGACUCUGCUCUGUGAGUGGGGGUUGGGUGGAGGAAGGGGGCUUAGGGGCUCUUGAAAGUUAGCCUCUGUAAACCUUUUAAGGAUCCCUUGAUUGAGGUUUGAGGGAAGAAGGAACCCCAUCUUCCUGGCCAUAUCCACCUAAAAUGGGUAUUUAAUCCUGCUAAACUGGAUUGACUGUGUUUAUGGUUCAGAUUCCAAAUAAUCUUACUGAGAUUCAGGAGAGUUUUCUUGAAUACAUUUUUCUCCAUUUGUUGCAUGUCCUUAGGAAAAUUUCUGGACACUUUGCAUUUCUUCUUCUUUCUUUUAAUUAAAGUUUUUCUUCUGGACGGUUUUUGAAGUUUCUACUGAAUUUGUUACAAUAUUGCUUCUUCUUCUUCUUCUUUUUAAAUGUUUUCUGUUUUUUACCCAUGAGGCAUGUGGGAUCUUAGCUUCCUGACCAGGGAUUGGACCCUCACCUCCUGCAUUGGAAGGCAAAAUUGUAAUCACUGGACCACCAGGGAAGUUCUCCCCUCACUUUAAAAAAAAUUCCAUCAGUAUGGUUAUUUCCCUGGGAAGCAGGUCUGUGGAGCUUCUCAUGUGGCCAUUCUGGCUGUAAUGCUCUGUCAUCUAAGAUGGUACAUUACUCAAAAGUUUAGGCUGUCAAGUUCCUUUUGGGAUUUUCACUUGAGUAAGCAAAAUUGUGUGUCAAAUACCAUCAUUGUGAUUGAAGGUAGACUCAUGCUUUUGGAUAACUUAAAGUUUCUUGAAAGUGAAGUUGACAUAACAAUAAUAGUCAUUAACCUACUGUGUUUAUUACUCUGAAAUUUUCUCCACUUUAUUUUUCUAUUUAAUUAAGAGCAAUUAAUUAGUAUGUGCUGAUUAAUGACUUUCAGGUCUGACUUCUACAAGACUGUGCCUCAAAAUAGCAUGUGCAUGAAGAGGCACCCCAGAAACCUCAUUUUCCUUAGAAUCCAUGCACUUCUGUUAGAGUAUAUUAAUAGAGCAGAUAUCAAUAUGAUAAAAAGCAAGCUCUCUUUUAUUUCAUACAGAGUAUUAUUUGCAUCAUAGUAUAGAGUAUUAUGUAAAAGAUGAGGCCUUCUACAUCAAUAAUGUAACACAAGCCCUAAAGAGAGGCUCACAGAAACAUUUGUUCUUCUUUUGCUGUGUUUCCUUCCUUUGUUUAGAGGUGUUUUCUUCUUCUAGUUUAAAAAGAAGUUUUUUUUGGCUGUGCUGGGUCUUCAUUGCAGUGCUCAGGGUCUUCUCUAGUUGGGGCACAAGGUUCUAGUCACCCCUGCAGCGUUAUUCCCCAGUCAGGGUUAGAUGUGGGAUCUUGGGUCCCUGACCAGGAAUGGAAGUGCAUCCUCUGCCUUGAAAGGUGGGUUCUUCACCACUGGACCGCCAGGAAGUCGCUCCUGUGCCGCUUCUGUGUGACACUGUUAACUGACACUCAGGUCAUGUGGUGCUGACACGUGACCCUUCACAUGGGUUUGUUUUUUUUUUUUAAGAAUGAUAACAACAUAGAAAAAAAGUUUUAUUGGAAACUUUAUGUUGUGUUUGACAUAGAUUACACUUUAAUAAAGUAUACUAGAAAUUUUCUA